GCGAUCCCACUUCCGGCUCUAGGCAGGGCGGAAGAGUAGCUUCAGGUGACCCUUCCGCCCACACCGCUCGACGGGCGGCUGUGUGACGUCAUCACGCGCGUUAGUUGGCCGUGCCGGGGGGGUGUGUGGCGAGCGCGCAGGCGCAGUCGGAGGCUUCCUGAGGGCGAAGGGCUUUUCGGCGUAAACUUCCUGGUUCCUCCGUCCGGCUUUGGGGCUCCGGGGAGCGCCCGAGAGACCCGCCGCCAUGAACCGCUUCUUCGGGAAGUCGAAGCCCAAGGCGCCGCCCCCCAACCUGACGGAUUGUAUCGGCACGGUGGAUGGCAGAGCAGAGUCUAUCGACAAGAAAAUCUCGAGGCUCGAUGCUGAGCUGGUGAAGUACAAAGAUCAGAUGAAAAAGAUGAGGGAAGGGCCUGCAAAGAACAUGGUAAAGCAGAAAGCACUUCGGGUGUUGAAACAGAAGCGAAUGUAUGAAAACCAGCGGGAUAACCUGGCCCAGCAGUCUUUCAAUAUGGAGCAAGCCAAUUACACCAUCCAGUCUCUGAAGGACACAAAAACAACGGUUGAUGCUAUGAAAUUGGGAGUAAAAGAAAUGAAAAAAGCUUACAAGCAAGUCAAAAUUGAUCAGAUCGAGGACUUGCAAGAUCAGCUGGAGGACAUGAUGGAAGAAGCUGGUGAGAUCCAGGAAGCCCUGGGCCGUAGUUACGGAACCCCAGAGAUCGAUGAAGAUGACCUGGAGGCGGAAUUGGAGGCUUUGGGGGAUGAACUUCUGGCUGACGAGGAUAGUUCUUAUCUGGAUGAAGCGGCGUCUGUCCCCACAGUUCCAGAGGGCAUGCCAACCGAAUCAAAAAACAAGGACGGCGUGUUGGUGGAUGAAUUUGGAUUGCCACAGAUCCCUGCCACAUAAUUCGUUGGGUCAGCUGGGAAGGCUGGUUUUCCACUUUACACACUUUUUAACAAAAACGCUUGAGGAUCUGGAAACUGUGGCUUUCCACAGAGCUGUUCCAUGUCUCCACAUUAUGGAACGUGGAAUAAAUGACAGAGAUAAUUCCCUUCCUUUUGAAGACAUUUUACUACUAGAUUUUUUGUAUUAAUGGCAAGAGGUUGGCCGCCGCUCUUUCCUUUGCUGAGAACCAUCCGGAGUGCUGAAUCUUGGCUAGAUCACUCCUGUAGAAGUUAUUGUAUGGAAAUAUUUGUGUCUAUUUAUAGUUUUGAUUUGCAUUGCUCUCAAACACAAAAGGGGAUUGUUGUGGUUUUUUCUGCCAAGGACUUCCAUCGUGCUUGCUUUGAUUGUAAUUUUUCUAAGAUGACUAUAAUGUUAUUCGCCAUAACCGUUAAGUAUAACUUUAACAACUACAUCCAGAGAAGAAAGCCUUGUAUAAUCCACGUUGACAUAAAACGAAUACCAUGUAGAGUACCUCAA